GUGCAAUUAUUAGUUUAUAGAAUGGUAAUACAACAUCAUCCUCUUAAAAAGUUAUCGCGAUAGCACAUGUGAAUGACUUAUAGCGAUGGCACUCAAUGACAUUUAGGGUUUCGGGUAAACCCUAGAAAUAAAUGUUCUUCCAUUCAACCAAACGUUCUUUGUGAUACGAAGUUGACAAAUUACAGGCGGAGAGGAGGGGAGAUGGGGGCUUAUAAGUACGUUGAGGAGCUAUGGAAGAAGAAGCAAUCGGAUGUGAUGAGGUUCUUGCAGAGGGUGAGGUGCUGGGAAUAUCGACAACUUCCUGGCAUAGUGAGGGCGAACAGGCCCACAAGGCCUGAUAAGGCCCGACGUCUUGGCUACAAGGCCAAACAGGGUUAUGUCAUUUACCGUGUGAGAGUCAGACGUGGCGGCAGGAAAAGGCCUGUUCCUAAAGGUAUUGUUUAUGGUAAACCAACCAACCAAGGUAUUACACAGCUCAAAUUCCAGCGCAACUUGAGAUCUGUGGCAGAGGAGCGAGCUGGUCGUAAGCUUGGCGGACUAAGAGUUUUGAACUCUUACUGGAUAAAUCAGGACUCAACCUACAAAUAUUUUGAAAUAAUUCUUGUUGAUGAAGCACACAAGGCUAUCCGAAAUGAUCCUAGAAUAAACUGGAUAUGCAAUCCUGUUCACAAGCACAGGGAACUUCGAGGACUAACAUCUGCCGGGAAGAAGUACAGGGGUCUCCGAGGAAGAGGACACCUCUUCCACAAGAAUCAGCCUUCUAGGCGUGCUACAUGGAAGAGGAACAACAGUCUUUCUCUUCGACGUUACCGAUAGGUUGCAGGUCCUUGAUAGGCUAUUAUCAGGGAAUUUUAUUGAGAUCUAUAUUUUUAUAUUUCUUUGUGCCAUUGUUGAGACAGCUGGCAAGGUUUUUGUAGAACUCAGUGGUCAUUUUUUGAUUAUCUCAACAAACAAUUAAAUGGGAUUACUGUCAACAGAAUUUUGUAAUGACUUCCUUUGAAAAAUGUUUUUGUAAGACCAAAAUGUAUUUUAUUUUACUGAUAGUUUGUAUAGGAUUUCUUAAUGCAACAUCAGCCUGGUUCUAUUAUUUGUUUUA